CGCAAUAUUUUACUAUCCAUAAUGGGGCCAUAAGGCGGAAGAUACCCGCCUAAGGCAUGAGUACGCAGGCCUAGCUGGCUGAGUAACGUUUGCGAGUUUCCCUUCCAUUUUGCUGUCAAAUGCAGUGCACCCCAAGCGGCAAAUCCGUUACAGAUGCUUUUAAUUGCUUCCAAGCGGCAUGACAGACGAUCGAGUCGAAGAAACCGUCUGGGAAUACAAGGCCUUGAUAUUGGACAGAGACCAGAAGCCCUGUGGUCCAAAAACGUGGGUAAGCAAUUCCAUUUCCGUAGUCCCAGUGAAGAAUACUGCUAACGGAUCAGAACAGCUGUACGACACGUGCCAGUUCGGGAACGAGAGCUACCACGACAUUGCAUACAGACUUACAGGCCUGUUACCCGUCAUCAAGGUCACAAAGACAGAAGGGCUUGACUUUGUCCCCAACCACGGAGUGCUCAAGCCACAAGAAAGGGUUCCCCUGAAAUUUAGAUUGCGCAAAGAUGACAAAUGUCCGAGCAGUGUGGAGAUCGAGAUCUUGUCAAUUAGAGUGAAGAACGACACGCCUGGAAGAAUCGAAAACAAAUGGCAACUCGUGCCGUCCAAUAGGGUCUCCAGGACUCGCCACAAGAUCGAGUUAAAGCGCCAGGAAGACGGCGGUACCGCACCUCCCAACUUCCCCAGCGUCCCAGAGUCAUUCACCGUUGCCCAAGUGCCCUCGGAUGACUCCGGUGUCAAAGCUUCGAAUACGGUCAAUCCGGAGCCCCCACGGAGAAGCCGAAGUCCAACUGUGAAGAAGUCGAAAAGCAGGGCGUCGCAAGCCUCCUGUCCCACACCAAAUCGCCCACAGUCUGUCGACGACGUUGGCCAGGCUAAGAUGGAGCGCUCUUCCCUAUUCACUCUGACAAACGUAGUCCUGGUUCUGCUGGUAGCAACAGUUUUGUACCUGUUUCUGCAAGUGCGAGCUCUUUCGGCCAAAGUGGAACGUGCGAAUGAUUUCUGCAGCGGACGAUUCUGCUUCUGGUUCUUGUGUCCCUGAUGUUUAUGUCGCUACGGGUGAUCAACAAUGAAGAUAACGGCCAUCGUUUCUCGUUACAGAAGCACAUGCUUAUGUGUCAGUUUCAGUGCAUGUACGAUGUUAAAAAGCGUAGGCCUUGUCAUUCAGUGCUUCGUGUGCACAUCGAGAAAGAGAAAUGGUGCGAAGAGAUGUUGUUUCGUAAACGGCGUCUGAAUCACAGUAGUCGCCGAAAUCGUCGAACAUUUAGGGUUUUGGGUGUCAAAAUAGGAAUGCCGAUAAAGGUGAGUCAAAAGAAGGAGGCAUUGCGUACAAAGUGUGGAGAAUGUGGCGAGAAAGUUCGAGAUAAGUCGAGGCAUAUACGCAGAAUAAUUCGCCGUACGCUGCUGUAAUCAUAGUGAAAUCCGCCAGCCUGUUCAGCUGAGAUUUUGCACGGCUCUAGCACAGUGCCCGAGAGAUACCCGAAACAUACCGGACACCCAGAACAUACAGUGGUCCAAACAUAACAGUUCGA